AUUCUUAAGGCUGUGAAUUUACUAAAAAAUAAAUUAUAUGUAUAUAUGUAUUACUGUAGAUAUACGCCAUUAUAUGAAAGCCAUACAUCGAAAUCUUCUCAGCAAACAAAAAAACAUAUUUGCUAUCAAGCUUUCCAGCCGAGUUCGGAAAUAGGAUAAGAUUUACGGAACGCUGUACGCAAUUGUAGUAAAUACAUAGAUAUCACAGUUAUAUGCAGAGUAAAAUGAUAACUGAUAAUAUGCCAGCCAGAAGAAGAACUGGAACAUCAAGUAGUCCAAAUUUCGACGUCAGUGACAAAGAAGUCGCAUAUAAAUUAAAACGAAAAAGAAAUAAUGAUGCAGUGAAAAAGACGAGAGAAAAAUCAAAACAGAUGGCACGUAGACGCAAGGAGAAUGUCGAAAAAUUGAGAAUCUCAAAUAAACAAUUGGAAGCUAAGAUAGAGGAAGUGAAAAAAAAUGUGGAAAAAUUAAAAGAAAUACUCUUGCAUAAAGUCAGUCCAAAACAACACGAGCAAGCUAUUAAAAAAAUUUUAGAAGAAUCAUCUGACGCAGAUGAUUAAAAUUAUACCUUAUCAUCAGAUUUUCCUUCCAAGUAGAAGUUGGAUAGCGCUUACCAUCAUACAGAUCAAUUUUUUCAGAGUGUAGCGAAAAAACUUCAUCCAUAGCGACGGACGAAUGGUAGCCUUAAUCGAAUCCAAAAAAUGAAGCUGAUUAGCACGGAUUAUAAUCAACUGAUGAGAUUAGGCCACUACAGCUUUAUUUAAAUUAUCAUAUCGUUUGUGCAGCCCUGGUUUUGUUUUAAAUAUAUUUGCUUUCGUUUAAGUAAAAUUUGUUAUGAUUUUCUCGCCUACUUUUUUUUUUUUUUUUGCGAAAUUCAAUAUAUCAACGAGUUGUUUUCACGGAUAGAAGCAAACAUCUUAUGCAUUUGACAAAAUUCGAUAACACAAAUAUCGUUUAUGUAAACUAGAAGUUAAUAAAA